AUGGCAGAUCUAGGGUCUCAACUUCUAGGUGUACGAACACCGCGUAAAUCACCCAAUGGUCUUUCUUCCAGGCGAUCCAAUGUCUCUUUACGGCAGCAAGGUACAUUAGCUGAAGACAUGGGAGGGGAGACGGAUGGAGGCCAACGGUUCACACUUGCACACGAGCUUGCGGCUGCAUUAAUGCCAGAUCCUAACUCCUCAUCCCGGCUCCUUGCGGAUGAGUUCGGCAUCGAGCUGGAGGAAGACGAAACUGAGGGCCAAGAAGUCUCAAAUGCUGUGGAUACAGAAGAACCACAAAAUUUCAAUCAAGUUGACGGUAUCAUACAGGCUGAAGAGGUACCUCAAUUCCUCGAUAGUCAACCGGUGAUCACUGUGGCAAGCCCAAAUCUGGAAAUUCCCUCCGCCCAAAUACGAUCCCCUUCUCCAGUGUUCGAACAAGACCCCUUGUUAAUGCUCAAUCAGAAUCUCAAGUCAACCGAUCUCUUCAUAACACAGCUAAGGCGAUUGGAUCUCGACAACACCCAUCCACCCACCUCCAGCCACGAGCCCUUGUUGGAACAACUCGCGACCGACAUCAUAAGAAAAAUUAAUGAGACGGAAAAGGAAAGAGAGGAACAAGUGCGCGAGCUCCUGGUGUGCGAGCGCGAGUUUCGCAAAAUUGCAGGCGAGAUUGGCGGAAAUGAUGUUCUUGGAGACUUAGACGAGUUAGAGCGGGUAGAAGGUCUAAUAGACGACCCUAGAUUUGCAAGAAGCUCUGUUACCGAGGAAGAUGCCAAAGAAGCACCACUUCUGCCACCUUCUCCACAGUCUACUGGACCACCAACACCAUCAAACACCAUACCUCACCUUACCUAUAUGCGUACAGUCACACAAUCUCUUGUUUCUACACUAGGCGUCAUUUCAGAGCAAGCGCAGGUUGACGGGGCCGCGACUGCCGAUGCAGGGCGGAAAAUCCGAGCACUCAAAAACCGAAUGGUAGAAUUGAGGGCUGAGUGGGAAGGUGCAGAACGAAGUCGUCUUCGAAUUGAGAAAUGGGAAGCGGGGAUAUUUGACGACGGUACGGAUGUUGCCAUUCCGUUGUCAUUAGAGGACUCGCCCCCACCUGAAACCGCGGACAAGACCCCUGUACAGGGCAAGCGUGUCGAUAUCAGGAAAAUCGUUGAAGAGGAGCUCAGGGCUUUUACCCUGGUGUUACAAGAAGCGGGAAAUAAAACCAAAGCUAUCAUGGCCUCAAC